CCCACAAUGCACCCGGACUAUCCGUUCCCACGUGACGUCGUUCGGUGUCCUGGGGAGGCUUCGCGGUGCCGAACAUCCCCAAAACACGCGAGUCAACCCCCCAGCAAAAGUCGGGUUCCCUUCAAUUCGGCGCCUCGAAGGGCGCCUUCGGAGUUGAGAGUCGGGGGUGGGAAAAGCGAGCGUGUCGCGUUUUCACACGGAACUCGUUGAGUGUGGCAACGACUGGCGAGAGCUUUGAGGUCAGCUGUCGACAUUUAAACGCUCCAAGCGCCGGCAGCGGGGCACCAUGUCGGAAAAGGGCCCCGGCGCGCGGGCGGCGCCGCCGCCGCGCUCGGAGGCGGAGCCUUCGGGAGGGGACCCGGAGGACGACGAGGACAAGGCGGGCUCGGACGAGGGCGAGCGGCGGCGGCCGUCGUCGGGGGGCCGCGUGUACGACCGCACCACCGUGCUCAUCGAGCGCGACCCCAUCCGGCUGGACGAGGAAGGCGAGGAGGAGGGCCAGUGCGGGGGCGACGACGACGGGGCGGCCUUCCUGACCGAAGGCGACGAGGAGGAGGAGGGCUCGCUGGCCUUCAUGGCCGACCCCGACGCCAUGGCGCAGGGCUACGUGCACCACACCAUCUCGCCGGACCAGAUCCAGUUCACCAUCAAUCCGGGCUCCACCCCCAUGCCGCGCAACAUCGAGGGCGCCACCCUCACGCUGCACUCGGAGUGUCCCGAGACCAGGCAGACCGAGGUCAAACGCUACCAGUGCAUGUUUGAAGGCUGCACCAGGACGUACAGCACGGCGGGGAACCUGCGCACGCACCAGAAGACCCACCGCGGCGAGUACACCUUUGUGUGCAACCAGCAAGGCUGCGGCAAGGCCUUCCUCACCUCGUACAGCCUGAAAAUCCACGUGCGCGUGCACACCAAGGAGAAGCCCUUCGAGUGCGACGUGCAGGGCUGCGAGAAGGCCUUCAACACCCUGUACAGGCUGAAAGCGCACCAGAGGCUCCACACGGGCAAAACCUUCAACUGCGAAUCGGAAGGCUGCAGCAAGUACUUCACCACUCUCAGCGACUUGAGGAAGCACAUUCGCACGCACACCGGAGAGAAGCCUUUCCGGUGCGACCACGACGGCUGCGGCAAAGCUUUUGCGGCAAGUCAUCACCUGAAAACGCACGUGCGCACCCACACAGGCGAGAAGCCCUUCAACUGUCCGAGCGACGGCUGCGAGAAGACCUUCAGCAGCCAGUACAGUUUGAAGAGUCACAUCCGCGCCCACGAUAAGGGAGCGCCCUUCGGCUUCGGCGUGGCCCUCGCUGGCCCGCUGUCCGAGGACGCCAAUCACUCGCUGUGCCUCAGCGACUUGAGUCUGAUCUCGACCGACUCGGACCUGCCGGAGCAACUGCGCAACGCGCAGAAUUUGGACGCCAACCAUCUGACCCCCGUGAGAAUCUUUGAGCUCAUGUUCCAGAGUCCCGAAGAUAGCGUGAGCCAAGAUGAGGCCCCCCCGGGCGAGGGUCUCGGCGAGCGCUUGGGGCCGGGGACCCCCGCCCCGCCCGCGGCGACCGAGGCUUCGUCUCUCGCCCCCUCGGCCGCGCCCGCCUCAUCUCUGCCCCCGGUGCCGGUCGCCGCCUCCGAGGGGCCGCCGGCUCAGGCUUGCGGGCGAGCGCCCGACCGGGCGGCCCCGCCGCCGGCCGCGGCUCAACCCGCGCCUUUGGCCGGUCACGUCGUCGCCGGCGACGGGGCCGCUGCCGGCGGGCCGACUCUGAACCCGGCGCCGCCCGGCCUGGUCAUGUCCGACCAGAACCUUCAGUGGAUCCUGAGCAGCGCCGCCAACGGCCAACUGAAUCCCCAACAAGCGGCGCCGGGCGGCCCGAAAGUGGAGAAGGUGUUUUUUACCACGGCCAUCCCGGUGGGCGGCGGCGCCGGCAGCUCGGUCCAGCAGAUCGGCCUGAGCCUGCCCGUCAUCAUCAUCAAGCAGGAGGAGUCGUGCCAGUGCCUUUGCGCCUGCAGGGACCAGGCGGCCGCGCGUCAGCGGCCGCCGGACGCGCCGCCUCCUCCUCCUCCUCCUCCUCCUCCUCCUCCUGCGGCCGCCGCCUGCUCUUCUCCGUGCUGCCUCCCCGCGUCUUCCUCCGAGGUGGGUGAGGUGGAGCCGCGCCCCGCCGGGACGACGUCAUCGCCGCCGCCGUCGGCGACGUCGUCGCACGGGCUCGCCAACAUGGACGUGUCGGACUUCCUCUCGAUGCAGAGCCCGGACAGCGCCGCCGACAUGGAGGCCCUGCUGCUCGUCGCCGACGACUUCAACAUGGCCACCGAGGGCCACCCUUAGACGCGCGCGCGCUUCGCACCUCCCCUACCUUGAGCGCGUCGUCCUCUCUGCGCCGCCGUCGGAGUCUUUUUGCGGCAGUUGACUGUUAAGCGACAACUGCGCUCCGAGAGACGUUUUGUUCCCUCUGCUUGAGGAAGCGUUGGUCAUAUUGCGACCGCAUCGGAGUCACGGAUGGCAUCCGAUGCGCUCGCGCCGUCUACACACUGAAAUUGCGAGCGUCGGCGGGGGCGGCCCUGGGAGCCGCCUCUAUUCAGUGAUGGAGACGGAGAGAUUGCUCCCCGUGCGAUCGUCACGGCCGGCCGCACUUGGCAAAUUGGGCGUCUGUCGCUCGGCUCCAAGUUAAAGCUCAUUUGGACUUGUCGCCCGUCCUUUAUUUAGGCCGUCCCCAACGAGGAAGAGCCUUUGAUUAAUUUAUUGCGCUCAGACGCAUUUCAGUUUGGGGGCUGUGCACGUUGCCGAACGACUUUUCCUCUCGGGGAAGGAGAAUGAGCGCGUCCUCUCCCGAAGCGCAGCCGUCGGCCUCCGUCGGCCUCCGUCGCCACAAGCGGAUCCUGACGCGCCUCCGCUCGGUGUCGGCCCGGCGUUCGGCCGCCCUCUCGGCGCCGCCGCUUUUUGCACCAGGCGGCCGGAACGGGGACGCUUUCAAAGCUUCGACUGUUCAGAGAUUUUCUAUGGAUGGCCCCCACAUCCAGCUGCUUGAGCACGGGUGACUUUAGCCCCCCCCCCCCCCCCAACCCCCAAGUGCAAGAAAUGAGCCUCGAGGCAGCUCGAUUUCCCGAGCGCCACGGCCAGCGUCGACGUGCGUCUUCCGCUCUCGACGGCGGUCCCGCACGCGCGCUCUCAACACUGAACCAUUCCAGAUAUGCAGUGCAGUAGAACGAGUCGGCUCCAAAAGCUAAAACGGACACGUCGCCAUCUUCGCCAUCUCCACGUACGAAGAAUCAGCUAUGCAAUUUUCAAGUCCGUUUUUCAGUGGCAUGCGUAACAGACGCCCGGACACCGCGUCUCCUUCCUUCCUUCCUUGGUGUCGUGUUUCGAGUAUUUUUAUAUGCAUCGCUUGAGUCGCAAACGGUCGGGAGAAGAGAGAGAGAAAAGUGCACAAAGAUGUACAAAGUCCCGUCCCCCUUUGGGAUUGAGGCGGACGCCCAAGCGUGGGAAGCGGGUUCGUUUCUUAGCCGCCCGCACUGAAGGACCACUCGAGUGAGCUCUUGAAAGAUGGAUUCCGUUUUAGGAAUGACUCGCUUUCAAACGACAAAUGCAGGCGCGGGUCUUUGGCCGGCGGGCCAAACGAACUCAGCGGCCCGCGAGCGUCGAUGCGGCUCUUCCCGGAUGGCCGCUGUCCCGCGCGUCUUCCGGGUCUCCCCGUUGCAACGCGCGCCUCCGGGAUCCGAGUUGGAAACGGAGGCUCGCGGCCCCGCCGUUUGCCUCCCGAUCGCAAGGAGACGCGUGACAAUCGUUUUUGACGCUGGUUUAUUCUCAUCCUCAUUUAACAAUUGCAUAGAAACAUUCCAGGAGGAAUUGGAAUUGGCUACGGCUUCCGAAGGGAUGCCUCGCCAGCCCCCGGCGUGCGAGAACGUGUCUUUUCAACGCCAAUGGAUCGGCUUGGACGUUUGCAUAUGCUCCAUAUCACAACUUUCUGUCAACUAAGAGCACUGUACUAAUAAAACGCAUUGCCUCAGGUC